AUGGGUGGAGGUCCACGUUAUCCAUAUCCGAAGGAAGUUUGGUCUCCAGCUGGUGGUUGGUGGAGUCGACCAGCAAACUGGAAAUCUAAUACCGCAAUAAUUGGAACAGGAAUGUUGAUAAUUUGCGCUAUUACUUGGAAAAUAUCUGCUGAAAAGGAGGUACGCUAUAGGCCACCUAGAAAAUGGAUCCCAUCAAUGAUGUGGUCAAAACAAUUUACAGAAGGGGAAUACAAGGAUAUUAAAUUUGAUGAAGAUUAUGUCAAGAAAUAG